GCUUUAGCCAUUUUGGGCAUUUGCUUCUGGGGGGUGCCUUCCCCAGCAAAAGCGAUUUGCUGGAGAAAGGCAUUUAGUUUCUUGGUUCCAACCAUCAAGCAGCCUGACGGCCGCUCUUCAGCCCAUGCCACGGGCCAGGUGCUUCUUGCCACCUUUGUUCGCUGCUGCGUGGGCCAGGAGUGAUGGCCGCGUCUCCUCCAACGCGGCUUCGCGGCUUUGGAGACCCAAACUGCGGCGCUUCGGUGCGACCCGAAGCGAGGUCGAGGAACGGCUUUCUACUCGCUUUCGGAAUGAGAUGGAGCACCUCACACAGAAGCACCAGGUGCAGUGGGAGCUGGAACUCGUGGAGCUUCAUGAUCGUGUCAAGGAGUUGGUUGACCUGGUGGAUCAGCUGAAGAAGGAUGAGGUGGAGGCCCAGCUUCCAGCAGUGAGGCAGGCGUACCAUGACUUCGCCCUGGCUUUAGAUGUGGUCUCGCGAGGAGUUUUGGGGCAAAAGCCCCUGCGCACGACCGCUUCCUGGGCUCCACUGUUGCUCCGAUUCAGGUACUACAUUUGCAGCCUCUUCUCUUGGGGCCUUUUGACCGAAGAGGUGGCCCAAGAGGCAGCGAAGGUGCUGAAGGAGCUGGGGGUGAAGGGGGUGGUGGAUCCCCUGGCCGGCAGCGGGUGGCAAGCCAUGCUGUGGGAGGUGGCUGGCGGGCUGCAUGUCAUUGCUUUGGAUUCCUAUGAGGCGAAAUCGGUUGCUUGGAGUGGGGUGAAGUUGGUGACGGAUUCGAGGAGAGCCUUGGCAGAACCCAUCGAUGGAGAUCUCACCAGCUGGGCGCUCCUGUUAAGCUGGCCACCUCACAGCCCGGAGAGUGUCGGCUUAGAUCUUCUUCGAGUGUGGCAUGGGGAGUUUUUGAUCUAUUUGGGCGAGCGCGCGCUCGAUGACGAUGAUGGCCCUUGGCCCGGCCAAAGCCUUCUGGACGCCAUCCAAGACGAUUGGGACCUGCUUCAGCGCUACCGAAUCCCCUCCUGGCCUGGUUGCAAGGACGACCUCACAAUUUACCGACGAAGAAAGACUGAAUAAUGGCCAGGCGGGUGCCCAGACGACUCACUCAAUCCAUUUGGUUGCUCUAAUCCCGAAGUUGGAACGCAAUGGCGCCGGAGAGGAUAGCGGUUCUCGUUCUCUACUCAUUAAAACCCGACCCCUUCGGAACUCCUGGAGCAUGCGACUUGCCGAAGCCUUCCCUCUGUCGACCAAGCUUCUCAAUGCCUCCAUUCGUUAAUGUAAGA